UUUCGGAAAGCACACGAAUGUUCGAACGUGUUGCCACAGGUGUUGCUUCUUGAUGUAAAAUACACAUGGAGACAUCUGACAAGCUAUCCUAUGAAAAUCAAUCUUGUCGUUUGUUCCUCAACCGUGAAGCUGUUUGAGCCUGCAGGCCGCUUGCGACCGGCGCAGACAUUAUGCGCCGAUGUUUCGCUCCGAGUCAACUGGCCAAGCGGCGUUGUGUUCAGGACGACGAAAACGGCGUCUCGGUACGUAGGGUGAAGGAAAUAUACACUAAUGGCGACGUCAACGAGAACGGCGAGCAUGUCCUCAGCAAGCACGAAGCGUUCAUACGAUCGCUGCUCAGCAAGCCGUACAAGGUACCCAUUCCAAACUACGUGCCGGGCCUGCUAAGCCGGUCGCUGGGCCUCAAACGAACGUCUGGACCGCGCCCCCUCCACGAUCCCGACGAGGAAGGCGCACUAGUUUUGUACGCACCUCCUGCACUGACGAACCACGAACAGAUGACGGCAAACAGCCGGCUCGUGCAUGUGGUGGUCGAUCCUGUGCUCACCAAGGUGCUGCGUCCUCACCAACGCGAAGGCGUCAAGUUCAUGUGGGACUGCGUGACGGGUUGCCGCAUUGAAGGCAGCUACGGCUGCAUCAUGGCCGACGAGAUGGGCCUCGGCAAGACGCUGCAGUGCAUCACCCUGCUGUGGACGCUACUGCGACAAAGUUCCGAGUUCGCGACCCCGACCAUCACCAAAGCGAUCAUCGUGACGCCCAGCAGCCUUGUAAAGAACUGGCACAACGAGCUGUCCAAGUGGCUGGCCGAUCGGGUCCGCUCCGUUGCCAUCGAAAGCGGCAGCAAGGCCGAAAUCGACUCUGAGAUCCGCAGCUUCAUGACUGCUGUUGGCAGGCGUGUCUGCACACCUGUGCUGAUCCUGUCAUACGAAACCUUCCGUCUGCAUGCUCAAGCACUGCAGAGUGGUGAGGUGGGGCUUGUCAUUUGUGAUGAAGGUCACCGGCUCAAGAACUGCGAGAACCAGACGUACCAUGCCCUGAAUGGGCUGCGGACACGGAGGCGUGUGCUGCUGUCGGGGACACCCAUCCAGAACGAUCUGCUUGAGUACUUCAGCCUCAUCCACUUUGUGAACCAAGGCAUCCUGGGUACAGCGCAGGAGUUCAAGAAGAAAUUUGAACUGCCGAUUUUGAAAAGCAGGGACUCUUGUUCAACAGAUGCUGACCGUGCGCGUGGUCAGGAAAGACUGGAUGAGCUCAUAGGAAUUGUGAAUCGGUGCCUGAUCCGCCGGACUAAUGCCAUCCUGUCACGUUACCUGCCUGUCAAGACGGAGUAUAUUGUCUGCUGUGCCAUGACGUCAAUGCAGCGCACAUGGUAUGAACAGCUAGCCUGCAUGAAGGGCACCACUCCACUGGCCAGCAUAACACUGCUUAAAAAGCUCUGCAACCACCCAUCACUUGUGCGCGAGUGCUUCCCGGAGAGUGAGAAGAUAUUUCGUGGACCUUCGGUGCAACCCGAGCUCUCGGGCAAAUUGCGCCUGCUUGACUGUCUGCUGGCCGUGAUCCGAAGCACGACCAAUGACAAAGUGGUGCUCAUCUCAAACUAUACCCAAACGCUGGACGUAUUCGAAAAACUGUGCCGCGAGCGUGGCUAUGGGUUUUUCCGUCUAGAUGGGAGCAUGACCAUCAAGAAGAGGGCAAAGAUUGUGGCAGCCUUCAACACGCCAUCCAGCCCGGAGUUUGCCUUCAUGCUCAGCAGUAAGGCGGGAGGCUGUGGACUCAAUCUUAUUGGAGCGAACAGGUUGGUGAUGUUCGACCCUGACUGGAACCCGGCCAACGACGCGCAGGCGAUGGCCCGAGUGUGGCGUGACGGCCAGCGCAAGCCGUGCUUCGUCUACCGGCUCGUAUGCUCUGGCAGCAUCGAGGAAAAGAUCCUGCAGCGGCAGACGCAUAAGAAGGCGCUUUCUAGCUGCGUCGUAGACUCCGAGGAAGACGUGGCACGACACUUCAGCGCCGCCGAUCUGAGAGACCUCUUCAGGCUGGACGCAGAGGAGGUUCGCAGCUCGACCCACGAAUCCCUGUCCUGCCGGCGUUGCGUGAACGGCAUCGAGGCGCGAGCCCCUCCGGAGGACGCCGACCUGGCGAGCGACUUGUCGCAGUGGCACCACUGCUGGGCGCGCAAGCAGUCCGAGGACCACGUGCUGCGACAGUGCUGGGACUCCGGCGUAAACUUCGCCUUCUCGCAGCGGUCGCACCAGGCGCCCGUGGCCGUGCCGUAAAUGGAUGCCGCGCCGUCCCGAUUGGACCGCUGAUCCUAUUGCGCAGAUGUCGUCUCUAUUGUCCAGUUGCUUGCUGUCCUGGAACUCCAGCGGACCUUGUGCUAUCGAAAGUACGCGUCUUCGCUGCGUUGCUGGUUUCGGCUGUCCUUGACUUCUGACCGUAAUGUAUAGUUGUGCCACGAUCAUUUGCGGUUGGGAACAUUCAGCAAUGUGGCACUGUACCCUGUCAUAUCAUGUCCUGCACCAGUAUUGUAGCUACCAAGCUCCUGUAAUGGACAUCCUCCAGACAUUCUUUAGCUACAUUCUUCCUGCCACCCUGAUCUGAUUGUCUUCGUCCUGGACCUCCAGAAGAUGUCCUGUAGCGGCAGGACCACUGACGUGAUCCGAUGGUUGCUGUUGUGGAUCUGCGGCGGGCGUUUUGUGGUAGCAGCGUGACGACAAAACGGGCUGGCGACACCGUACGAACCAGGAGGAACCUCCGAAAACGCUGUUCUUCGUUGCGCGCCUUCUGUCGCUGUAUUCGUGUUUUGGUAGCGGAACUAACUUUUGUUCUCGUUCAUUACGCUCGGAAGGGCUGCUUGCGAUGUAAGAGCACCGCCAUGACCCUUCCAAUGUACCGGCACUCCGUACACGCAGAAGCAUUGCGGACCUGUUUUGAUUGAAAAGACCUCAGUGAUACUGUAAAGCACGUUACCUGACCCCUCUGCGUAGAGUGUACAAUGCGAAAUGCCCCCACCUUUCUUUUGUUCCAUUUUUUUUUGUCUGGAUAGCUCAUCUCAUUGUUCCCGCUAUCAGUGGCCAUGACCACUUUGUCUGUACGCGCUGUAUGAUGAAUCGGACACUGCAUGCCAACCAUGUGUCCCUGCUCACAGUACACAGCAAUGAAGUUCCGCAAUCUUGCGCCGGGCUGUUUUAAUUGCUGAUAAAGUGGAGCCGCUUCAGUUUGACGACGU